AACGCGGUGCUCCGCCGUCCAAGGCUCAAUAACGACAUUAAAUAUCAAAUGCAAUGAUAAGAUAAAACGUUUCUCUCAUACGAAUACGAUAAGCCAGAUAGUCGUAUAUUAAAGGUACAUAACAUUAUGUGAAGUUCCACGGUAAAUAACCUAAAAGAAUGGUGGUGAAACCCAAAAGGCUGUACUUGUUUGGUACAGCGGUGGCCUCGGGUGUGGCCGUAGCUUUAGUAAUACUAUGCUUAGCUACAGAACAAUGGGUGGUGACGGAUUCUGCCAGGUGGACAAUUCAGCUGAACGCACCUCUAAGUACUAUUCGUUAUGGGUUGUUUCAAGGAACGUUCCAGCAAACGGUCUCUACUAACUCUAUUUUGCAAAUUUCCAUGACAUGUUUGUACAAAGAAAAUAUCUGCGCAAUGCUUUGCGGUCAAGACACAGCCACGAUUCUGGAAAAAUUGUACAAUAAUGAAGAAGUUCGCCAAGAUGAUGAGAGUUGUGCACAAGUUAGAGGCACCGCAGUUUAUCAUUCCAAGCCGAUCACACCCAACCUUCAUGAAGACCAAAAUCAUAACAAAAAAUUCAUCAAUGCAGGAGUAUGGAUCUCUACCAUCCUGUUUUUAGCAGUAGCGUUGGCGUUUGGCUCUCUAGCAACACUCCUCGGUUUUUACAACACAGUUUCUUCUCCCAUACAAUGGUAUUUCGGGAUAUUGGGCAUGUACAUUUACAAUUCCGUAGCUAUCAUCGCUAUAGUUAUAGCGAUGUGUCUGUGGGGCACCAUGUAUAAUUUGAUAAUACUCCAUGAUAUUGGAGUAUUUUACACGCUUAAUGGGCAAUUGGACUCUGACAAAAAGGCGUACCUUGGGUUCUCCUACUGGUUGCUGUUUUUACCCAUAGUGUUGUUUUUCUGCAGUAUCGCUUUGCUAUACACGCGUCAAUAUCUCGUGACAAGAGAUCCUGUUCAGAGAGUAGUAGACAUCGACGAUGAAGAUCCUGGUUUAUACCUGUAUUAAAUAUAUGUUCACAAUACACUGCUCAUCUUGUGCAUAAAUAUAGGCGUAUUUUUUAAUUCACCGGUUGAGCCACCGAUGCAACCAAAAUUUCCGUCUGAGCGACCGGUUGUACACCAAACUUGUCUAUAAACUAUAUAGACAAGUUUGGUGUACAACCGGUCGCUCAGACGGAAAUUAAAAGACGAAAAAUUGGUUAAUUGCUUGCACCGGUGAAUUAAAGAAUACGCCUUAUAUUACCGGACUGGUAUACGCAGUAAAUGGUUGGAUCUGUCGUAUAUCACAGGGAAUGUAUAAUAUAAAAUCGUGUACCAUAUACUAAAUGUAAUGAAAAUAAAACGGCGAUCUUUUUCUUCUUGUAAUGUUGCCUAUUCCCAAUUGGUUUCAGAGCGUCCAAAAUCGUUUAAUCAUCGAGAAGACAG